AUGCCUGAUGGUCCAAAAUUCGCUGUAACAGCAGAGGGAUUUAUACCUCUAUGUGAAAAAGAAUACGAUAUAAUCGCUACACAGCAACCGUAUUUUGCAAAGAGCGUUCCCAAGUCCGCAUGGGUUUAUUACUGCGUUAUGGGUUUAUAUGCCCGUCUUGUUUCUGUCAAACAGGAAGAAGGAGAUUCGUCGUAUGAUGAAGAUUCUUUUGCCGGUCAGGUCUUAUCUGGAAAUCAUCAAUUACCAGCACCUAUCGAAGCUUAUAUCAAGGCUCUUGGACAUGUAGUAGACAGUACAUCUGUACGCUAUAAACUGAAGAUGCAUGUAUGGCCGAAUGAAACGGGUGAUUUUGGUAGAGUUGGACCGACGACGCACUGGAAAUACAUGAGUAUGCCCAGUCCACUCGUCUGUAAACAACGAAUCCAGGAAGAUUUACGUGUAACUGUUACACCGGGUGUACGAGAAUGGAACUUACCAGCUAGAUUAGUACCAGCCGAAGAAGGCGCUGGAACCCCAACUCGUAAUUGUCUCGGGUGGGCGAGAGCCGCUACAUUAACGUCAGACCAGCAUGCAUUCCUGGAGAGUGCAAACAUCAUGGAAGAUGUUUUCCCAACUAAGUUUCCGAAGUUCCAAUACAGCACAGAUUUGUUUGAGAAGGUGUCCCUAGCUUUGAGUAAGACUGAAGAGAAGAUAAAGAUCACUCCUCAGAUCAAGAAAAAUUCAGAGGGAGCAAUUGCUCAAGUCUGUUGGACCUGUAUUGAACCAGUCGUACAAGAGACGUCGCCGAACGUAUUCUACGCAGAAAGCCGGAACAACCAGGUUGUUACUGCAGCCGAGUUGGAUGCACGCCAAGUACUUGCAUCUUUAAUUCUAUCCUUUAGAGUUAGAAAAGAUCAAAUUGGAACGACACGACCUUAUUGCGUCUACUCGUUUGGAAGAUACACUACUGUCCCAGACACUUGGCAUAAUUCUCGGAACACCGUGUUUAAUUACGGUCGUUCAGACAGAUGGAAUGUGAUGGAGUAUACCGCACCGUUUACGGAUAAGUCGGAAUACCGAUUGGCAUGGCUUAAGAGACAUGUUAAUAACAUACCCGGAUUGAGGGAGUCACGCCCCGCACUCGUAAUCUACGGAGCGAGU